AUGCCUCAUACUGGUACCUCCGAAGCGAAAUCGGGGGCCCCCCCGUCGGGGGCCCUCCCCGCGAGUGGGGGUUCCUUUGUGCGGCGUGACAAGCUAAUGCGGAUAGAGGAGGAUGUUCAGCGGCUGUGGGACAAAACGCGCCCGUACGAGGUUGACGUGUGCUCACUGAGGCGUCCUCGCUUUGUGGAUUCUGAGCCUUGCAAUGGCUCCUCCGUGAAGAACAAGUUCUUUUGCUCGUUUCCUUACCCGUAUAUGAAUGGCCUGCUGCAUCUCGGGCAUGGUUUUACCCUCUGCAAGGCGGAGUUUCUGGCUCGAUACUACCGCCUGAGAGGAAAGAACGUUCUGUGGCCUUUCGCGCUCCACUGCACGGGGAUGCCCAUCUUGGCAUGCGCCGACCGGCUGAAGAGGGAAAUUGAAGCAAAGAAGAAGGAGCAUGAGCUGCAGGAAGACAAAAAGGAAGACCAGCAGGAGGAAGGUGGAUCGUCUGAUCCCACGAAGUUCAGCAGUGCCAAGUCCAAAUUGGUGGCCAAAACGGGGGGUUUGAAGAGCCAGUGGGAGAUUAUGGCUGCCUUGGGGGUUCCUCAGGAUGAAAUUGCACGCUUCGCAGAUGCCAAUUACUGGCUCGACUAUUUUCCCCCAAGGUGCAAGAAAAACUUGAUACGCCUGGGUGUCGCAGUAGAUUGGCGUCGUUCCUUCAUCACGACAGACAGAAAUCCUUUCUACUCGGCCUUUGUUCGCUGGCAGUUCAUGAAACUCAUGGCGGCGGGGAAAAUUUCAUUCGGAACCAGGCCAACAGUGAUUAGCCGUCGCGAGCUACAGGCCUGUGCAGACCACGAUAGGCUCAGUGGAGAGGGCAUCGGUCCUCAGGAGUAUACGUUGAUAAAGAUGCGCAUUAAGACUGAGCAAAUGGAUGCUUCACAUGCCCCCCAUGCUGAGUUCAAAGCGGCCUGGGAGAAGCACAGUAGCACCAAUGAGGGGCAGAGCAGGCAAAUCUUCCUUGUGGCAGCGACGUUGAGGCCCGAAACCAUGUAUGGACAGACGAACUGCUAUGUUCUUCCCGAAGGAGAGUAUGGCGUAUACUUGGCGUUUGAAAAGUCUAGAGUGUCUGCCACGGCGGAGCAGCAGCAGGAGCAGCGACAGCAGCCAACGCUACAGGAGAAGCUCGCAGCAGCAGCGGCGGCCUCAAAGGCUGCGGAUACUCUCGAGCACAUAAUGACGCGCGAGGAGGCCCUUGCGGCUUGCAAUGUGGCUUUCAUCUGCUCCCACAGAUCCGCACUCAACAUGGCAUACCAGGGUUUGAUGCCACUGGAGGCUUCCGGCGGAGCAGAUGAGCUGCCAACACCACACUGCCUACACCGGGUGUCUGGACAGGCUCUGUUGGGCCUGCCUCUUGCUGCCCCUCUGGCUUCUUACGACACGGUCUUCGCGUUGCCUAUGCAAACCAUUUCUCUUGAAAAAGGUACCGGCGUCGUCACGAGCGUGCCUACGGAUUCUCCGGAUGAUUUCACGACUCUGGAGUACAUCCGAAGCAAGAUCGAAUACUUCAACAAGUUGUAUGGGAUCAAGGAGGAAUGGGUGCUGCCUUUCCAGCCUGUUGAGAUCAUUGAGGUGCCUGGACUUGGUCGGCAGGCGGCGCCUACGCUGUGCGCGCAACUCGGGGUGUCUGGGCCUAAGGACACGCAGCGACUGCAGCAGGCUAAGGAGGAGGCUUACCGCAGGGGGUUCUAUGAGGGUGUGAUGACGGUUGGGCCUUUCGCUGGCCGAAAGGUGCAGGAGGCUAAGGCCUUGGUGCGGGAGCAGCUGCUCCAAGAGGGGUCUGCGUGCGUGUAUUAUGAGCCAGAGAAAAAGGUCGUGGCUAGGAGCGGCGACGAGUGCGUCGUAGGGCUCCUACCGCAGUGGUUCAUAAGUUACGGGGAGGCAGAAUGGAGACAACAGGUGGAAGACUACAUCUCUGGGGAGGACUUCAGCGCGUUUAGCCCCCAGGCGCAACAUCAAUUCGCGUUUGUCCUUUCGUGGCUCAAAGAAUGGGCCUGCAGCAGGAGCUAUGGACUUGGCACGUUUCUUCCAUGGACCGUCAACACGGAUAACCCUGUCCUUAUCGAAAGUCUCAGCGACUCUACCAUUUAUAUGGCGUACUACACGGGCGGAGACAUGUACGGGCAAAGCGUUGGGCCUCUAGGCCUGAAACCAGAAGACCUUACAGAAGCCUUCUUCGACUACAUUUUCCUCCUCAGCGACACGCCUCCAGAAGGCUCGGCUGUCUCGGUCGAUAACCUCAACCUACUGCGCUCGGAGUUCGCGUACUGGUAUCCCUUGGACUUGCGUGUUAGCGGCAAGGAUCUAAUUUUCAACCAUCUUACUUUUUGUCUGUACUGCCAUACAGCCGUGUGGCCCAAACAGCAAGAGCUCUGGCCGAGGGCGUUUGCCUGCAACGGCAUGGUGCUGGUAGACUCGGAAAAGAUGAGCAAAAGUACCGGAAACUUCUUAACAAUUGAGGAAUCUAUUGAGAAAUUUUCUGCAGACGCGACUAGAAUCGCUUUUGCUGAUGCAGGAGACUCCUUGGAUGACGCCAAUUUCCAGCGGGAGACAGCCAAUGCGGCCAUCACCCGGCUUUAUCUCCUCGAGGGCCUCGUUGCAGACUUUGUUGCCGGAAAGAUAGAGCUGCGGGACGGCCCCCUGUCUGCCGCGGAUGAGCUGUUUCAAAAUGAAAUCGGCCUGUGUGUGCAAUCGGCAGCCGCGGCCUAUGAAGCAAUGCAGAAUCGCGAGGCCCUCAAGGCUGCGUUCUACGAGCUGACAAUUAAGCGCGACCAGUACAAGCAGCUUGUUGGCGAUGAAAAAAUGCAUCGCGAUAUGCUCAGGAUGUGGAUCGAGGCGCAAGCCAUAACGCUCUGCCCGAUCGCUCCCCACAUUUGCGAGUAUUUGUGGAGUUGCCUCCUGAAGAAGGAGAACCUCGUCGUCGACGCCGCGUGGCCUCAACUCACCUACGACUCCGCCCUCCACAGGAAGUUUACUCUGCUGCUAUCGUGCGUCGAGGAAUUCCGGCGGGCCAAGGAGAAGGCGCUACAAGCAGCAGCGGGCGGGAAGAAGAAGGGCAAGCAACAGCAGCAACAGCAACAGCAACCGCAGCAACAACUGACUCACGGCGUAGCAUAUAUUGCACAGGAGUACGGCCCCCUGCAGCAGCGCGUGCUGUCCGUGUUGCAGCGAGUGCCUUUAGUCCAAGGGCUUCAAGGGCAGGUGGAGGCUCCCAGCGACUUCAUGCAGAUUGUGAAGGACGCACCAGAGCUGGAGGACUUGGACAAGAACCAGAAGAAAGAGGCCCUCGCGUUUGCCUCCUAUCAAAUGCGGGAUGAGCUCAAGGCCUGCGGGCGAUCAGCUCUAGAGUUACGUUUACCGUUCAGCGAGAAAGCGCUUUUAGAAGCGCAUCGCCGCUUCCUUGAGGUUUCUCUAGAGCUCACUUCACUAGAAUUCCGGAGCAGCGACGACCCAAGCCCCUUGGAUUCUACUAACUGCCGUACCCUUGCUAAGCCGGGCAAACCGUCAAUCUUCUUCACAUCUGUAUAA